AUGCCGGCGGGCGGCGGGGCGGCGCGGGCCCCCGGCGGGGCGCGCUCCCUCAGCCCCACCGCGCUGUCCCGCAGCCUGUCCCGCCUGCGCGAGCAGCGCGCCCGCUCGCGGGCCAUGCUGGCCCUGGGGGUCACGCAGAUGGUGCUCGGCUGCCUCAUCGUGGCCGUCAGCUUCGCCGCCCUGGCGCUCACCACCUCGGCCCGCGUCCGCCACUCCUGCCCCUUCUGGGCCGGCUUCUCGGUGCUGUUGUCAGGAUUGAUCGGUGUUGUUUCAUGGAAGAGGCCCCUGUCCCUUGUGAUAACCUUUUUCAUGCUGCUCUCUGCAGUGUGUGUGAUGCUGAACUUGGCUGGGUCCAUUCUCUCCUGUCAGAAUGCUCAGCUGGUGAAGUCCCUGGAAGGAUGUCAGUUGAUCAAAUUCGACAGUGAUGGUGUCUGUGUUUGCUGUGAAAUGCAGCAUCAGACAUCAGGCUGCAGUAACUUGGGAGAAACACUGAAACUGAACCCUCUGCAGGAGUGCAAUGCAGUGAGGCUGACCCUCAAGGACCUGUUGUUCAGUGUGUGCGCUCUCAAUAUCAUCUCCACCAUUGUCUGUGCUUUGGCAACAGCAAUGUGUUGCAUGCAGAUGGUUUCUUCUGAUCUUCUGCAAAUGUUUUACUCUUACAGCCUUUUUCACUUUAAUUUCUGUGCCUUCCAGCAGGAUGAUAUCACACAGUUUCUGCCACAGAGGCCACAUUCUGCCAAUCCUGACUGCAUGACUCCACAUGGAACUGUCCUGCACCAAACCCUGGAUUUUGAUGAGUUCAUCCCACCAAUCCCCCCCCCUCCCUACUACCCACCGGAGUACACCUGCACGCCCGUGGGGGAGGCACAGAGAAAUCUCCAUUUGGACUUCCCUCAUUCCCCAUUUGGUGCUUUAUAUGAAGUAACCAUUAAUAGCCCAGGAAUGCUGUAUCCAAGUGAGUUGCCCCCUCCUUAUGAGGCAGUGAUUGGAGAGAUGCCUGCCAGCCAGGUCACUGGUGCUGCUCAGCAAGUGUCUGCAUCGAGCCUGGGAGAGAGGAACACGACCCCGGACUUUAGCACACAAGUUUCUGUUGAGAGCACCUCUUUGAUGGUCUCUGAGGCUGUUGAUAUUCCAGACCGUAGCUACUCCUCUGAAGAUCUUUGUUCACUGGAAGUUCAAGGAUCUCUCCAAUCUGCAGAUCUUUCUCCCUACUGCAUAACCCCUAAGGGGGUUGCAAACCAGAGCUGCAGUGCCCUGGAUUGCCACACUCACUGCAGGUUUCACAGAACUCGCUCAGAGGCCUUUCCUGAUGAGGGUGACAGUUCCCACAGCCGAGCCUCUACAGACUGGUCUCAAGGACAGGAAAAGAACUGUGCCCACAGCAGGUCCUUGGACUGUUCCUCAGGGAAUUACAGCCCCUCAGAACGAGAACUGCAGAGUUCUGCUCAAGAGAGCAGUGCCACACCACCUUUGAAGCAGAAGAAAACCUGCUGUGUGGACUUUCACCGGCCUCCUGCCGCUUUCCAGACCUCUCCCUGUUUUGGGCCUGCAAAUGCUUCACCACGUGCAGGUGGCCCCGAGGCUGCUGCCCAGCCCCAGCACCUCCCAAAGCACCCAGCCUCAACCAUCGUCCGCUCCAGCAGUGCCCCUGUGUCCUGCUCGUCUGCCACUGAAGGUGAUAAUUGUGCCUGGACUUCUGUGUGCAGGCAGUGCCAAGAUGCAGGAUUAUCUCCAGCUACAGGAGAAACAGUUCCUGUCUCUGGUUCUCAUAUGGCUGCCUCAGCUUGUCAGCAUUCUUUGUGCAGUUUUCUACCAACUGGAAAACAGAGGGAUUCAAGGAAAAUUGAUCUGCACCUAAAGCCAAAGGCUUUUCAUACGGUCUCGAAAGAGCGGCCACACUCCUUAGUGGACCUUAAGGCCUAUAAAGACACAAAAAUUUUAGUGGCAAAAUUUUUGGAACAUUCAAACUGUAAUCUCCCUCCAGAAGUGCGUCACGUAGUGAACAGCAUACGGUCAGUCAUUAAAUCUGAUGAGAGACACAUGGAAGAAGCCAUCUUCAGUGCCAAUAUCAUAGACCAGGUGAUGACGAGCUCCCAGCAGGACGCGGGCAGCUGCGGGAAGCGGCUGCAGGAUCUGCACCUGCAGAGCUGCGGCGCGCUGAGCUCCGCCGCGGCCGCGGCGCCCCGGCUCGGCCGUGCCCUGCAGCGGGAGCGGCCGCACAGCCUGAUCGGCGUGUGCCGGGAAACCAUCCUCUGAGGGUGCCACAGUGAUAUGAAAAAUUGUAUCUGCUGGAAAUCUACAGGAUCACUUGUCAGAAGAUUACACCUCUGUUGGCCUAUGAUCUACAGCAUAGAGUUGUAAGUUUGGGGUACCUUUAUGAUGCCUUGGCAUGUUGCAAGAGGUAGACCAACUAAACUGGUACCAUUAAUGGACAUAAUUUGGUCUCCAAUGCUCAGUUUUCCUGAACGUGCUGCAGGGCCUCCAUUCAUCAUGUUGGCCAGGAUAACGGUGGGUAGAAUGGAUCCCCAUCCAGAUUCCACAAUCACUACCCCAAGAAUUUCUCCCUUCUGUUUUUCUAGCUGGAGCUGCAAUUAAAAAGGAAAAACAUUUUUUUUGCUUUGAUUUUUCUGACUUUGAGCAUGAGUAUCUCACUUGUUCCCAAAUAACAUCUAUAAAUCUCAAACCAAAUUCUCUUCUUUGCCAUUAGGUGGUAGCAUGACUUUGAAUGUUAACUGGAACACAGCUGUUUGUUUUCAGGGGCAUCCUCCACCUGUUUCUUGAAGGCCAUAGAGGUUUAAUAAGGAAAGCACUAACACAUGGUUAACUCUGUAGGAAGUGGUGGAACUGGAUGCCAAGGGAAUGAAUGCUAAAGAACUUUCUGUCCAUGGAACCUGGCAGCCAGAGAGGGAGGCUCUAACAUUUUGUGGCUAAGGUAGUGCCUGCAACCCAGGCUUUGUUCAGCUCAACUCCUGCCAGUUCUGCUCAGGUUGUCUCUUGAUCUCAGGGCUUGUCUGUCCUUAUUUUCAGACAAGGAUCUAUUGAAUAUUAUUAACAUUAUUAUUAUUAAUAUUGUUAAUUAUUGGAUAUACUCAUGCCUAGCAUGUUCAUGUAAGAUCCCUGAUGUGACAUAAAUGAGGCCUUCUCCUGAACUGGCAGUAAUCACAGCACAGCUAACACCUAUAAAGUGGAACAAAAGUUUAAGUAGAGAACAUGCUCUUGAGACAAAUACAGGGAAAUAUUUUCUCUCAAAUGUGGAAGGACAGGGAAUGCUGAUGGCCAGCUCACUUCUGCUGAGGUUAUCUAUUUCAGAAAACCACAACUCUGUCAGCUCUUUCUGUAUCAGUACUUAGGUGAAACAUAAAAUCACCUUACACUGUGUACUGUGAAUAGCACAGAGCUUAUCUAGCUCAGAUGUAGAUGUCCUUUAUUGCUGUUCUGAUCAAUGGAAACAGAAAGAUCCUGAACAUGAAAACAAGAAAUCCUAAUAACCCAUAAAGCUGGUUUUAGUACAUGGGACUGAUGAAGGACACAUCUUGAAAUUGUAUAAAUGCCAAAAAAUAUUUAUGAGAACUACAUUACUCUGAAAAAAAUUUAUUAAUCUGAAAUGAAAAUCCAAAACUAGUUUACCUCUUUGCAGUUUUCUGAAUUGGAGAAGUGUAUGAGAUCAUCAUUGUACAUUUCUUGGGUAUUGAUGAUGUCACUGUAUUCUUUCUGACUGAGAUCCUCUGGGUUAAUUCCAUUGGCUCUUAAAAAUUCUUGGUAAGCCACACUGAAAGCCUGACCAAUUGACUGAGCUAUGAGCUGUGCCUAAAACAUAGAAAAAAGCAGCUCAGAGAAAGGACAGAUUAACAGUUUACCAAUGAAACCACGAGAAACCAGGAGAGAGAUUAGAUUUUUAGAUAGAAUCAAAAUGAGGAUCCUGCAAAGUUUCUGCAUUAGCAUGGAUAUAAAGUCACUUUAAGGUCUGUUGUACAGAAAGAACCCAUUCCAUCCAAAAUCAAAUUGCAAACUCCAUUAAAAUCCCCUGCUGCUCUCCCCUCCUCAGUAGGCUGCAGUAGCAAGCAGCCAUAUGUGCUCAUGUACUCGUUCCAGUGCACACUGGAGUCCUGGCUGCAGCCCAGCAUGGAGCAGGGCUGGUGGAAGAGUGCCAUGAGCUCAGCACAGUCUGUCUGCAGGGUGAGGGGAGGAGGGCUGCUCUGCUUGCCCCUGCCUGCACAGACGUGUGCACUGAUGAUUCUGCUUGUGGUGUCUCCUGCUGCUCCUCCUCCCUGCUUUUCCAGGACUGAAAACACUGCUUCAACAGAGCCAUCUGCUCCCCUACUACUGCCAUGAUGGCUGUCCCACAUUCCCAGCAAGCCAGCAAUAGCCCUGCUUACCCACUGCACAUCUGGGACAGCUAUUCCCAUUAACACCUUGACUAGUGAUGGCAGGGAUCAUUUCAGGAAUGCAGCCAGAGCCACCAUUAAAGCUUGCUAAUGUUGGGAACACCCGUUCAAAAGCCCCUGUCUUUCUUAAAUUUUGGAGCACUUAUCCACACAUUCCACUAGAUGGCAAGGGAACACAGAGAAACAGAGAUCAGUAAAAGGAAUGUGUAGUCACUUUUUCUACAUUUGAAUUAUGUUCUUCUCUACUCUUGAGUUUACUGCAGCUCACAGGAGAAUGCCAUGUUGAGUUCUGUAUAUUUGUGGAUCAUCACUAGUGGGGUCAUUGGGGCAUAUGAGUAACUCCCGAUGAUAUGAGACAUUAAUUGCACCUUACAUGCCUUAAAAAUAUUACUAAUCAAAGCUAUAUUAUGGAAAUGCAACAUAGUUUCUUUGACAGUCAGUACAUUUUAAAUGCAUUUCAAAUGCAUGAGGUUUUCUGGACAUUAUAAAUCUGCAUCUUCUUACAA